GCCGACGAUGUCGGAGCUGCCGCGAGGUGUGGCGAAGGCCACCCGCCGCCGCCGCCAUCCCGCGGGGGAGGAGCGGCGGGACGGGCCCGGCAACAUUUGCAGCCGGCCUCGGCACGGGCUGAAGACGCCAUCGAGCCGGACUCGGACUCGGAGCGAGGGCUCGGCAGAAGUGAGCGCGGUUGUCGGCCCGGCGAACACAACUAACGCAGCCAGGGAGUUUUCAGAAGACAGCAGCUUUUUGCCAAAAGCUAGCAACAGCAAGCUGCACCAGACCAUGCCAACAGAUGCCUCUCCUGACUCCAAGUGCCCCAUUUGCUUGGACAGAUUUGACAAUGUUGCCUAUCUAGAUCGUUGCUUGCACAGAUUUUGCUUCCGUUGUGUCCAGGAAUGGUCAAAAAACAAAGCAGAAUGCCCACUCUGCAAACAGCCUUUCUUUUCUAUUUUUCAUACAGUUCGUGCUGAAGAUGAUUUUAAGGAAUACAUACUCAGACCUUCAGAAAAUGGUUCUUUUGCCAGCCCUGAUGGCCGGAGAUUUCGUUACCGUACCACCUUAACGAGGGAACGCCGCACUUCCUCUUACCAUCGAGGCAAUUCCUCUUCUCGAAGGACGCUGUCCCCUCCGGAUAAUGGGAUUUUGUUUGAAGGGCUGUCAAGCCAACCUGUGCGGCAGAGAGAUGGAGAGAUUCAGCAGAUGAUACGGAGGCUGGCCUCACGUAGGCAGGCUAGUGCAGAGGGCAGAUCUCUGCGGCAGAUCCAGGAGGAGGACAUGAUAAACUUCCGCAGAGCCCUGUACCGCACUGGUGUGCGUGUUCGUAGCAUUCAGGAUGGAGGCCGCUAUCGAGACAUUUCCGCAGAGUUCUUCCGCCACAACCCUGCUUGUCUACACAGGUUGGUUCCCUGGCUGAAGCGAGAGCUUACAGUCUUGUUUGGUGCCCAUGGUUCUUUAGUUAAUAUUGUGCAACAUAUCAUCAUGAGUAAUGUGACCAGGUAUGAUCUGGAAAGCCAGGCUUUUGCUGAUGAUUUAAAGCCAUUUUUACUGAAUCGGACUGAACACUUCCUACAUGAAUUCAUCAGUUUUGCUCGAUGUCCUUUUAACUUAGAGGCAUAUGAUCAGCAUGUCAAUUAUGACUGUCCUGCGCCAUCGUAUGAUGAAGGAAGUCGCUCAGACUCAUCAAUUAUUACAAUCUCUCCAGAUGAGGCAGAUCCUCAAGGGCCAGAACACAGUUCAUCCAUGUCUGGGGUUGGUCAGGCCCCUUGGGAUGACGAAACUCCAGGGCCUUCGUAUUCCAUUUCAGAAGAGGUUCGUGCCACUGUGGCUUCUCCUCUGGAGAUGUCAGAAAGUUCUGAUGAGGAUUCUGCUAGGAAAAGGACCACACUGCGUCCUCAGUUACAGGCUGGUGUUGACUCCAAUGAAAGUGACUCUUCAUCAGACAACUGUGUUAUCAUUGGGUAUGUUAAACCAUUAGCUGAGAGGACACCAGAACUGGUUGAGCUGUCCUCAGACUCUGAGGAGUCCAUCAGGGAGGAGAAGAGGGAAGAUGUGAAGAAAGAACAGUCAAUCCAGGCUCGUAGCUGGAGUGACAGUGAACCAAGCAGGGCUUCAUCACCUCGCUCUCCCCUGUACAAGGAGAAUGUGAGUAGUUGUAGGAGUUCCUUAUCCUCUGCAGUUGAAAAGACAGAGUCAAAGGCUGAUGAUAAGAACAAAGAUAAAGUAAAAGAUCUUUCUCCACACAACUCAGUCUGGAGCCCAUUUCCAGAGACAGACACCACUUCUUCUCCCUAUAGAAAGAAUAGAAGUAAAGUAAAAAAUUUAUCUCCACUGGACUCAAUCAGGAGCCUGUCUCCAGAGACAGACACCGUUUGCUCUCCUUAUAGUAAAAAUAAAGGUAAAGUAAAAGAUCUGUCUCCACUGGACUCAGUCAGGAGCCUGUCUCCAGAAAUGGGCACUGUUUGUUCUCCUUACAGUCAGCGGUUGCCCAGAAGGAGAAAGACCAGGAGUCCUCAAACUUAUUCACAGAAGAGUCGUGACAGUCAUGGCCAUCGGUCUAGGAGGGAGCAUCCUAGCAAAUGCCAGUCUAAAAAGAGACGAUCAAGAAGCAGAGAUGGUAGCGAAUAUAGCAGUAAAAGAAGCAGGAGGAGGUCAAGAACCUGUGACACGAGCCUCUCCCUAAAAAGCCAGAGGGGCUCCCUUAGUCGUGAGAGCACUACAUCCAGAGAGGUAAGCAGAUCACGAUCACGUAGCAAAGGCCAUGGCAAAAGGAGGUCAAGGAGCAGAGACAGUGAUUAUUACUAUAGAAGAGACAAUUACCAAAGUAGAUACCAGUGGGGUUAUGCUUUUUAUAGUCGAAAGACAGUUGGAGAUGGCUCCUCCUGCAGGAAGAGGACUCAGUCUAAGGCUCACUAUUCAAGGCAAUCUGCUAGUCCAGAAUUCAGGAUACAAUCUUUUACUGAAAGAACAGACCCACAUAGCCAGAGAGGAUUGCAUGAGAGACAUUACUACUAUUAUGAACGAUGCAGAUCAAGGAGUCGAUCAAGCACCAGGUCAAGGACCCCUUCUGGAGGGACAGACAGGUUGAAAAGUGAAAAGCCUGGUGGAAAGAGGAAGUACAAAACUCGACACUUGGAGAAUGCAGUGAAGGAGAGCACCAGUAUGGAGAGAGAAAAGGACCCCAAGAAAACUUUCUCAAAGUUCCGUGACUGCUGCAAAAAUGAAGACAGCCUUUCGGACAAUCAAGUAAGUAGUGAGACAAAACAUAAGAAAAAGAAGAAAAAGAUGAGAAGUCCAAGUGUGGAGAUAGUCUAUGAAGGCAAAGUGACAGACACAAUGAAACAUGCUAAAAAGAAAAAGAAAAAACAUAAGAAGAAACAUCGAAAACAUCACAUGAGUAACUCAGCACAUUCUUCUCCAGUGGUUAUUACAAUUGAUAGUGAUAGUAGCAAGGAGCCAGAAAGUACUGAAUGUGAUAGCAGUGUUACUUGGACUGGCACAACUCACUUGAAUGAGAGGGAAUGUGAGUCUCCAUCUUCCUUCCUGGGGAUUACAGGAUGUGAAGAUGUUUACAGAGUGAGUAAGGAAACUAGAGGAGUAGUGAAAAAAUAUAGUAUUCCUACCAGAGGAAGGGACUUAGAUGGUGACAUUACAAAUGCUGGAGCUGAGCUUGUGGAAGCAACAGAAAGAGCUGAUCGAAGUAUUGACUUAGCUGAUACAGCAAGUGGUAACACAGAAACUGUAGUUAGUCAAGAAGCACAGGCAGCGCCUUCCAGUCAACUGUCUUCCCCCAGGACUUCCUUACUAGGGCAUCCAGAGAGACCACCACUGAUACUGAGACUGCCAAAGAGACUUGUCAACAGAUCUUGUUGGUUUGAGUCCCUUGAAAAAAACAUGUAGCAUAUUUUAUGCUGAACAAUCCUUAAAAUUGUGAAUUUGUUUCUAAUUAUGUUUUUCUCCUAUAAGAACAAAGCACCAGGUGUUUUUCUGUGUGUGUGUGUGUGUGUGUGUGUGUGAGUGAGUUAAAAAGUGUCUGGGAAAUGUUUAAACCCAUUGAAUGUUUAUGCACUUUUAUGUCAAGUGAGUAUAGGUGUGUAGGAGCUUGAUGAUCUUUAAGGUCCCUUUGGAAGUUAGAAUUUUGUAAAGCCAAUGUGUAUGUAAAAUACAUCCACAGAGUACUUCAAAGCUGUGUUUAAAAAAAAAAAAAAAAAAAAACAUAAACCAAAAGACAGUGAAUACACUUUAUGGGGAUUGCUCUUGUUACAGAGGAAAGUUGCUUAGUUCAUAAAAAAAAUGAUUCAGGAUAAAUUGUACCAUCAUUUUGAUCUGUAUGGUUUAAGGUGAUCUCUGCAGAAAAGCAGUUUCUACGUACAUAUUGAACAGCACUUCCAGUAACAUGAGUUAUGUGAAUAUCUUAAUAAAGCAAUAAGAGUUUUUGUUCUAAAAAAA